CAGCUCGGAUCCUUCUAUGACUGCUGUCUUCCGUCAGCACGUGCGACACGGAAAUCAUAGUCCCUGGACUAUGAUGACCUUUGAUUUGUAUUAAAGGCCAGGCGUUCAUAUCAUUUGUCUCUUGAAUCAUCCUGCACUUUGUCUAAGAAUAUCCAGGAGAAAGUCGCUGGGUGUUCACCCUCCUGUUCUACGAUUAUUAAAGUUCCCCUGUUACCCCUGUUUUGGUACCUAUCAUACCCUUUAACCGUCGCCAUGGCAACCGAGUCAAAGCCCCCAUUUCCGCCGUUCACGGCCGAAACAGCCCAGAUCAAAGCCAAGGCCGCGCAAGAUGCAUGGAACACAAAAAAUGCGGAGGCCGUCCAGAUGGCCUACACUCCAGACUCCAUCUGGAGAAACCGCGACACCUUCCUGCAAGGUCGUCCAGAGAUCGCUGAGUUUCUGAAGAAAAAGUGGUCAAGAGAGAAAGGCUAUCGCUUGAGGAAGGAGCUAUUUGCUUUUACAGACAACAAAAUCGCCGUUCAGUUUUGGUACGAGUGGUAUGACGAGUCGGGUCAGUGGUGGCGGACAUACGGCCUUGAGGACUGGACUUUUGCCGACAAUGGCCUCAUGAGGAAGCGGCAGAUGAGCGGGAACGAUGUGAAGAUUGCGGAAGAAGAACGUUGGUUCAAGGAAGGUGUCAACGUUAACGAAGUGACAAUCACCGAGAAACACUGGUGAAUGACUUUCAGGUUGGUUCACUUGGACAGAAAGCUGCAAGGUACGACCUACAAGUUUGGCAUGAGGCAGGUCUUGGUGCCAGAUCUUGGUGGGAAGGAACAUUGAUGUAUGACAGGGCAUACGCAGAAAAUAUGGCAGAUGCCUGUUUAUCUUUCUCUACAACACCGAUAACUUGAGCAGGCGGUGGCAGCACGAAAGCG